CUACAGUUAGAAGAUAGCUUACAGGGGCUAAUAUAUAGUAUACAACAGUGUAGUAGUGUUUGUAUUGAUUGUGUGAUUGUUUGUUUGAACGACCGGUAAGUGUGGACAACACAAGUCAAGUGAUCCAAUUGAAUGUACUCUUGAGUGACCUCUAAGAAGAUGUUUCGGUCAACACUUAAGCUCAACAAUACUGUUAGGAAAAUCUCAAGACAUCAGAGAAAUACUUUUCUUCGUUAUUAUACCACAGAUGCUGACAAAAGCAAUUCGGCUAAAGUUGGACUUAUUGUCGGCUCUUCUUUGGCGGCCUUCACAGGCAUUACCAUCGGUUACGCUAAAUAUGACACUGAUUUUAGACGAAAAGUUCAGAAUUUGAUCCCAUAUUCAGACAAUAUAUUUGAUACACUAUUUGGGCCUUUAAUUGAAAAAGAGUUAAAGCAAUCAAAAGAAAAUUUUGAAAAGAGUUUUUUAGACAAAAAGAAAACAAGAAAUUCAUUGAAUACUUCAACCGCUAAGACAGACAAUAUUAACAUUGAAAAGAAAGAAGAGAUUAAUACAACAAUUUCACAACAAUUACCACAAACUAGUGAUCUAAUCAUUUCUAAUGAUAAUCAAAGUGAAACUAAAGACUUAAAUGAAUCAUCUAAUGAAAAGAGUGACAACAAAGAGCCUGAGGUCUUAUCUUCGAAUGCCAUCACCGAUGCCUCACUUCGAGAGUUAGAAAAUCUGAUUAAAGAUAUUAUGGAUAUUUCUAAUGAUGAACACAAAUCAUCAAAUGAUAAGGAUCUUGAAUAUCAAAGAAAGUUAGCAAAACUCGAGGAAAAGUUUGAAAUUGAAUUAAAUACACAAUUAAAGAGACAAUUGGCUGCCUAUAAUGACUAUUUACAGGAUCAGUUGACUAUUUUAAGGCAACAAUUGAAAAGAGAUAAUGAAAGCAAAACUGAAGAAAAAUUACUCGAACUAAGAGCUCAGUUUCAAUCUGAACUUCAAAACAGUUUUUAUAGAUUAAGAAUAUUGGAAGGACUUCUUAAAGUGCGGGAACAGUUAGAUGCAGAUCAACAUCCUGUGCGUGAGCUUUGGGUCUUAGCUCAGACACUCAAAGAAUCGCUUUGUCACAAACCAUCGUUGAGUGAAGAUAGUCUUCCUAUAGCUUUAAAAGGAGAAUUAACUGCCAUUAAGUCAAUAUUAAAUAAACAAUCGCUUAAUGAUCGGCCAUUAAUUCGUUGUGCACUCGAAGGUAUACCUCAAUACGCUCUUGAAAAUGGUGUUUAUAGUCGUGAAGACCUCAUCAAAAGAUUUCAAAAAGUGGACAAAUAUUGUAAAAGAGUAGCUCUUAUUGGAGAUGACGGCGGAAACAUAUUUCAAUAUUUGUUAUCAUAUAUUCAGUCUGUUUUAAUUAUUGGUGACUCAAAAAUUCCUAAAGAAGAGUUGGAAGAUAAAGAAGUUGAUCCAACAAAAUGGGAUACUUUUGAUAUAUUAAGUCGCGUUAGAUAUUCAUUAAAAAACUACAACUUAGAAAUGGCUCUUAAAUAUGCAAAUCAAUUGAGAGGUGAGGCUAGGAAUGUAGCCAACGAUUGGAUUCGAGACACAAGAAUUCAUCUCGAGUUUAGUCAAGCCAUCGACCUAUUGAUAUCAGAAGCCGAUGCCAUUAACGUUCAGAUAAUUAAUUAAAUGUUAUAUAAAUUAUUUUCAAAAAGAUUUUAGUAGUUUUAACAAAUACUUCUAAU